AUGACCGCUCCCAUCCGCAAAAUCAACCUCGUGCGAAUAGCACACAUCAACUACACCUACCAAAACCUCGAACGAGCCGAAGCCUUCUUCCGAGACUUUGGCUUCGUAGAGGCCUCCCGCGUAUACUACCGGGGCUACGGCCCGGAACCCUUCUCCAAGGAGGAUCUUCUUUAUGCGUCCAAGACGCUCCCUGGGGCUUCUGCACCGUAUGAGCUGAGCAAGGCGCCUGGUGGGGGCCGAUGUGUGACGUUCGAGGGCGGUGUUGAUAAAUUUCCGUUUCACCUUGUUUAUGGACAGGUGAUGCGGGAGAAGGCGACGGGUUUUCCAGAACGAGAGUUCAAUUUUGUUCAAACUUACUUGUCUAUGGGCCCGGCACCGGUACACAAACUAGGCCACUUCGGCGCACGCGUGACAGACUUCCAACAAACAUACGACUUCUUCACAACCCGAUUCAACUUCAUCCCCAGCGACCUCGUACACGACGAAACCGGACGAAACGUCACAGUCUUCCUACGACUCGACCGCGGCGACGACCUCGUAGACCACCACUCCUUCUUCUUCUUCUUCGAGGGCCCCAAAUGUCACGUCCACCACGCCUCGUUCGAGACCCACGACUCGGACUUGCAGUUUCUCGGGCAUGACUGGCUUCGCGAGCGAGGGUACGAGAACUGCUGGGGUGUUGGGGAGGCAUGUUAUGGGGAGUUUGACCCCAGCAAGUUCAUUUUUGAGCAUUAUGUCGACGGCGAUCAAAUGAAUAGCUCGCAUCCGCCGAAUCAUUCCAAAGCUUCUCCUGAUAGCCUUCAUAUUUGGGGACCUGACCUGCCGGAAGGCUUCUUACUCUGA